UUCAGUCUUCAAAUAGAAACAUUAUGUAGUUGUGUUUGUGUCCAGGUCUCCAGUCUACUAUGGAUGAGGAGGGAGAGGAGGGGGGUCUUACCUCUAAAACCACUCUGUCUGAGGAACAUGGCUGCCAGAGCAAAGCUAAGAGAAGAGUCCAUUGGGAGAGAGCAGACUCCCCUGGACCCAGCUGUGUCUCCAUUAAGAGUGACCACUCUAUGGAUCCACCUGUUUCCUUUAAAGAUGGAAUUCGGUCUAUUGAAAAGAGAAGACUCCAGAAGGAGAGAGCAGACUCCCCUGGACCCAGCUGUGUCUCCUUCAAGAGUGACCACUCUAUGGAUCCACCUGUUACCUUUAAAGAUGGAAUUCGGUUUAUUGAAAAGAGAAGAGUCCAGAAGGAGAGAGCAGACUCCCCUGGACCCAGCUGUGUCUCCUUGAAGAGUGACCACUCUAUGGAUCCACCUGUUACCUUUAAAGAUGGAAAUCAUUCUAUUGAGAAGAGAAAACACCAGGAGAAGUCAAAUGUUAUCAGUGCUCGGUCUGUACAGCAGGAAACAGAGCUGAUCAAGAUGGCUGAGAAGAUUGCACACGCUUUUCUAGCCAAGGAGCUGAAGAAGCUUUGGACGGUUCUCUUCCUACAUUCCCCACAAUGCUCAGAGAGUCAGAGGGAGGAGGAGGAGGAGGUUGGUAAGAACGAGGAGCAGAGGAGGCGCGCCAUAGAGGGAGUGGUAGACAUCACAAAGCUCUGCCUGAUGGAGAUGAACCAGGACAUACUAGCUGACACACUGUGGGGCGAAGCGAUUGCUGUUGAGUGUCAACAUAAACUCAAGUCUCAUCUGAUGAAGAAGUUCAGGUGUGUGUUUGAGGGAAUCCCUAAAGCAGGACAGCCAACAGGGCUGAAUGACUUCUACACAGAAAUCUACAUCACAGAGAGAGGCAGUGGAGAGAGGUCAACAAGGAACAUGAGGUCAGACUGAUCGAAAAUUUUCCAGAAGACCAGCCAAGAAGGAACACCUAUUAAAUGUGAAGAUAUCUUUAAACCCCUACCUGGACGAGAUCAACCAAUCAGAACAAUACUGACAACUGGAGUGGCCGGCAUUGGUAAAACCGUCUUAACACACAAGUUCACUCUGGACUGGGCUGAAGGCAAUGCCAACCAUGACAUACAA